AUGUCUGACAAAUCUGAUAAGCCAUCUGGAUCUAAUUCCAGUGGUGUUCCGUCUAAAUCCAUUGAAGAAUUGUUGAAAUUGUUGGCUUUAGGACAAGAAUUAACUCCAGCACAACAAAAGGAAAUGAAGGAUUAUAAAUUCUGGAAAACUCAACCGGUUCCAUCAUUAGAUGAAAAAGUUACCGAAGAAGGUCCUAUUGAUAGAAUUAAAACUCCAGCUGAUAUUAGAGAUGAUCCAUUGCCAUUAAUUGAACAAUUUGAAUGGAGUACUUUGGAUAUUGAUAAUGAUAAAGAAUUAGAUGAAUUGUAUCAAUUGUUAUAUGAUAAUUAUGUUGAAGAUGUUGAUGCUAGUUUCAGAUUCAAAUAUAGUCGUGAAUUUUUCCAAUGGGCUUUAAAACCACCUGGUUGGAGAAAAGAUUGGCAUGUUGGUAUUAGAGUUAAAGCUACGGGUAAAUUGGUUUCAUUUAUUGCAGCCACCCCAGUAUCUAUCAAAUUAAACAAAUCUGGUAAGAGAAUUGAUUGUGUUGAAAUCAACUUUUUAUGUAUUCACAAAAAAUUAAGAAACAAAAGAUUGGCUCCUGUUUUAAUUAAAGAAAUUACUCGUAGAGUCAACAAGCAAGAUAUCUGGCAAGCUUUGUAUACUGGUGGAUCUAUUUUACCAACUCCUAUGACUACUUGUCGUUAUGAACAUCGUCCUAUCAACUGGUCUAAAUUAAACGAUGUUGGGUUCAGUCAUUUACCUCCAGAUGAAACAAAGAGCAGUAUGGUUGCCAAAUUCACGCUUCCAAGUGCUACAAAAUUACCUGGGUUGAGACCAAUGACUGAAAAGGAUAUCACUACUGUGUUAUCCUUGUUGUACAAAUACCAAGAAAGAUUUGAUAUUGUUCAACUCUUCACUGAAGAAGAAUUCAAACACUGGAUGUUGGGUAACAAUAGCUCCAGUGGUUCCAAUGUGGUCAAAAGUUAUGUUGUUGAGAACGACAAGGGAGAAAUCACAGAUUAUUUCUCAUAUUAUUUAUUACCUUUCACUGUUUUAGAUAAUUCUCAUCAUGAUGAAUUAGGUAUUGCUUACUUGUUCUAUUAUGCUACUGAUUCAGUUGACACUCCACAGUAUAAACAAAGAUUGAAUGGUUUGAUCAAUGAUGCAUUGAUCACUUCUAAGAAGUUUGAUGUUGAUGUUUUCAACUGUUUGACCUGUCAAGAUAACACAUAUUUCAUUGAAGACUUGAAAUUUGGUGCUGGUGAUGGGUUCUUGAACUAUUAUCUUUUCAACUACAAAACUUUCCCAAUGAAUGGUGGUAUUGAUAAAGAAACCAAGGAUGUCUUGAAAGAUCAAACUAGUGGUAUUGGUGUCGUGUUAUUGUAG